UCCCAGUAAAAUACGUGAUGUGUCAACAUUCGGAUAAAUAUUUUGAUUCUGAAAUUGUCGUUAUUGUCCACUGUCAAUUCGCCGAAAAACAUGUAACGUGACACGUCGAUAGGUUUCCAUAUAAUCAUACCGAGUAAGGAAGGUUAGGCUGCUGUUUUUCAUAGACGGUAGCUAGUUGCCGCAAUUAGCAUCAUAUGUGAAAGCUAGCAUGCACUAGCUUGUUGCUCAUUUUGUUUGUAAACCGCCUUUCUGGCUGUGAAUCAGUGACAGUGACAGGUGGUGAUAACAUACCAACCUACACACGAGCCAACUAGAGAGCCUUUGUUUACCUGCCUCUAAGGUGAGCGGGGAGGGGCAGGGCCACCGUACGGUAGGAGGAAUGCCUGUGGAGGGCGGGAGCAGCAGCGGCUCUGCUUCGGCUGCCCGCCACCCAAAGCAGAAGCGCAAGGCUCACAGUUUGUCCAUCCGGCGCACCAACAGCACCGAGGAGAGGCCAGCAGGCAUCCAGAGAGGAGACAUGCUGGAGGGCCAGGACUCUAAGCUGCCCCUCUCUCUACGGCACAAUCUCCUUGACCUUUUUGGCCAGAUUGAGCGAGAGUUUGAAAAUCUCUACAUUGAAAACAUUGAAUUACGCCGAGAAAUCGACUCUCUGAACGAGCGUCUGACCGGAGAUGGACAGACUGUUGAUGGAGGAGACCCCACCAAGGGGGCUCUCAAAACAAAAGCCAGCCACAGCACCAGCCAACUGUCACAGAAGCUGAAGACGACCUACAAAGCCUCCACCAGCAAGAUUGUGUCCAGCUUCAAAGCCACCGCGGGGUCCCGGGCUGUGUGCCAGCUGCUCAAGGAGUACAUGGGCCACCGCGACGGGAUCUGGGACCUCAGCAUCACCCGCACCGUGCCUGUGGUGCUGGGCACCGCCUCCGCAGAUCACUCGGCUUUGCUCUGGAGUAUAGAGACUGGGAAGUGUCUGCUGAGGUAUGCUGGCCAUGCAGGAUCAGUCAACUCCAUCAAGUUCCACCCCACAGAGCAAAUGGCACUUACAGCCUCUGGGGACCAGACGGCUCACAUCUGGCGCUACAUGGUGCAGCUUCCUGUCCCCCAGCCAACUCCAGACGUCAGUGCCCCAUGUGAUGAGGACCAGGACUCUUCAGACAGAGAGGAAGGGGAGGUGGACGGUGAGGGUCCUUGCGAGGUCCCCACUGUCAGGGUCGCUACAGCAACCCUGAAGAGCCACCAGGGGGUAGUGAUCGCUGCCGAUUGGCUGGUGGGAGGCCGACAGGUGGUGACCGCUUCCUGGGAUCGAGCUGCCAACCUGUACGAAGUGGAGACGUCUGAACUGGUUCACGCUCUCACUGGCCACGACCAGGAGCUGACCCACUGCUGUACCCACCCCACCCAGCGGCUGGUGGUCACCUCCUCCAGAGACACCACCUUCAGACUGUGGGACUUCAGAGACCCGUCCAUCCACUCCGUCAACGUCUUCCAGGGACACACUGACACGGUGACGUCAGCAGUGUUCACGGUGGGAGACAACGUGGUUUCAGGGAGUGACGACCGCACUGUGAAGGUGUGGGAUUUAAAGAACAUGAGGUCGCCAAUAGCAACCAUCCGCACUGACUCAGCUGUGAACCGGAUCAGCGUGUCCGCCAACCAGAGGAUCAUCGCCCUGCCACACGACAAUCGACAGGUCCGGUUGUUUGACAUGAGCGGAGUGCGGCUGGCCAGACUCCCACGCAGCAACAGAAUGGGUCACAGGCGGAUGGUGUGUUGCACGGCCUGGAACGAAGAGAACCAGUCGUGCAACCUCUUCACCUGCGGCUUCGACCGGCAGGCCAUCGGCUGGAACAUCAACAUCCCUGCCCUGCUGCAGGAGAAGUGACGCGGCUCACACACACACACACACACACACACACACACACACACACACACACACACACACACACACACACACACACACACACACACACACACACACACACACACACACACACACACACACACACACACACAGUGAAGUAGGAGGUGUACAUAUAGACUCUGUGGCCUGGCACAUACAUAUUGACCCCGGGAAGCAUCAGUUCAGUCGUCAUGUGUUUCACAGACGAAAUGCAGAUGUUAACAUUUGGUAAGAGCUUCCUUUGUUGUGUCACAUGACUGACAUGGUUCCAACAUGUUAAAGUCUACGUGUGUGCGAGGCCACAGAUCUCCUCCUCCUGCCCCUGUCACUUCUUUAGCAUGCGAUGUGAAUUGUGACACGGCUAGUCUGAUUAUUUUUGGUUCCUGGCCUUUUCUGUUUGAAAGUAUAUAUUUAAAUCUCCAGUUGUACGCUGCUGCUCACAUCACUGUUGUUUAGUUACGGUUCUUGCAUGUUGAUAAUCUCGUUUUGCAAAUGUGACUUGUAAAGAGAACAAUUAUAGGGCCAGGAGAGCUUGUAGAAUAUGAUAUAAAGACGUUGUGUAUAUACUGUAUUAUGUCGUGGCCUGAUUAAGUGCCCCGUGGUGCAGGUGGUUGCAAGUGUCUUACAGUUAUCUCCCUACAAAGGUUGGAGUUUGGCAGAGAUAGCGUUGUUCUGUGAAAUGUUUUUAUCCUUUUAGUGAGACUUAUAGAUAUACAGAUUAGUCAUCAUGGAACAAAAACGUUCGUAUUUAGUUUUGUCACUUGCUGGGUCAAUCAUUUGUCUUAAAAUGUUAAGAAUCUGCUGUCCUCGCUAUAGAUUUGAGUCCUUGCCUUUUACCUUUGAUAUUUUCACUUCACCACCAGCCUCCAUUUUCUUUCCAGAUGUUGUUAAUAUUAAUGAUGAUACUGUAACUGCCUUGUUCCAUGUUUACAGUAAGUUUAUUUUUGCUCUAUUCUGCCUCUCUGUCAGACUGCAACGAGUCCAGAGCAUAGCAAUAAGGGGACUCCACUUCUGUUGUUCACAAAUAUUUAGUAGGUCUGUGAGUGGGAUGUGUUCGUAAUCAAGUACUCCCAACAUGUAUCUGUGUCACUACUUUUAGCCAUAAUAUGUACCUAGUGUUAGUGAGAAACGUGUUGCCGCCUCCCCAAAGUCAACUUGUUAUGGUUUAUUAUUGUGAAGUCUUCAUGGACUCUUUAUCCAAAUUCAGAAGCAAUAACCCAGCUCCUUUAUGUUUCUGGUGCUCAGAGUAGAGCUCCUCUGUCUUGUGAAUCAAUACGUCUGACUUAAACAAGCUCUGAAUCUCACUUUGAGAACGAUAAGGAAACCCUUUGUUACAUGUGCAAUAUCCCUAAACAGGAAGUCAUGCUUGAGUUUUUGAUCGUUAGAUGUUUAACUUAUUUCCGGGCUGUAGACCCCAUCAAAUGAUUUCUCUGUACGUGUGACUGCUGUAGAUGUACAGAAGUAUGCAGAACUCCCAAAGAUGGCUCCAGACGUUACACUGUUUCAAUCAACAAUAGAGUCAGCAUGGAUUUUGAAGUAGCACAGACCUAAAAAUGUAAAAAUCUUAUUGAAAUACCUUACCAUUGCUUUGAUGCCUUAUCCUCCUGAGCAUCAAGCUUUUCCAAAUGCUUGUUAUAUAACUAGUUGUAAUCCACUGCAGCGUGCAGAUAGGAUUUUUAUUUCCGUUUCAUUCAGGAAACUCAAUCUUGGGCCCAUUGAUAUCAAUGUCAUUUUAAUUUGCUGGAAGACAGGCAAGACCUGAUAUAUUAAUACCAGCUCGGAGGAAAUAUGAUUUUGGAUUGAUACAUUAAAUUAUUGUGUUACAGAAUGGAAGAAGGUAAAAAAGUGGAUGGGCUUUGCCUCAUUGUAGCAAAUCAUAUCCAUUUCAUACUUCAUUAUGUGAUCUACUUUGCAUACUUUAUUGUGAUGGGUACGUGCUCUCUGACACUUUCCAAUAAAAUGUGUGAUUUACCUUU